AUGAGCGCCAGGAGAGCGGGACCUGGGUCCCCGGUCAUGGUGUCCGCAUCGGCGAAGAAGGAGUUGAAGGCAGCCGUCAAGGCGUACGUUCUGCGGCAGGUCAGCCUGGACAAGGACUUGUCAGAAUCCAUCAGCCGGAGAGACUUCGACUGGGACGAGGACAUGAGGAGAAUGAUGGACACUGUCAAGAUUGCGGCAGCCGGAGAAGGAAAACGGACGUUCGAGAGCGUGCCCAAGGUCAUGCGUCGGCAGGUGGCUGCGAAACAACGCGCUGAUGAGGCGACUAGUCUGGAGGGGUCUUGGUUUCCGUCCGUGAUGAGACGGAUGCUAAUCAUGGUACAGGGCAAGGAAGGGGGCGAGGUACCGCGGUGCAUGACCAAGCUUGCGGCUGCCUUGCAUAAGGUGCUCACGAGCGGACACGCGGUGACGCCGUACAUCUUCUGGUCGCUGGUGGGCGCCUCGUUCCUGCCGGAGGAUCACCAGAACCCCCCCGCCCAGAAAAUGAUCCUCACCUGCUUGACCUUCGUCCACCAGCGGCGAGAAAACUACCACGAUUUCCUGGUCGAACACUCCAUAAAGGUACCCAGCUCGCUGAAACAGGCCGUGCAGAGGGCGAACCAAAAACGGGCCCACAAGAAAGGAGUCUCGAAGAAGUCGCACCUUGGUGGCGGCGGUGGCGGCGGCGGUAGUUCUCGUCGGCUAGUCGGGGCGGAGGAAGGCGGUGGUGCGCUAGAAGGCGGUCACGGUCAUGGAAGCUCAGCCGUAAGCAUCAAGUAUAUUGGCGGCGCGGGCGUGGGGAACGUCAGCGACGCCGGGAGCGACGACAUGAGCGAUACCAUGUCCGUGUUCAGCGUCUCGACACAGCUCGGCGGUGGCCAAGCUACGUGA